GGUGGUACAAUAUCUUACAGUCAAAUAACGACAAUGACAUUUCAAUUUUUAUGUACUCUGUCCCACGCAAACAGUUAAUAGAAUUGAUGAUGACCGAUAACAUACGUGUGAAAAAUAAGAUGUAAAUUUUUGAUUUUAUGUCUUGGUCCCCUUAUCGCGUCUAGGGUCUAUAUAAACCCCAUUACCAAAUGCAGGAUAGUGUCCAAUCAUCGUUUAAGCUUGCAAAUAAGAAUUGAACGAAAUGUUACUAUUUCGGUUGAUUAUAUUGGUGCCACUGGUCCAAGUGGCACCAUUUAUGAUGCCGAGUCUAAGUGAUUUGUGGAAGCUCGCAAAAUUUGGCUACCAAGUAGGAAGUAAGAUUAAGGCAGGUUAUGAUGCAUACUCAAAAUUUAUGGACGACACUGACGAGAGGAUAGAUAAAAUAUUAGAGCAGGUGGCUGAAAUAUCGACUAAGAUCGACGGGUUCGAAUCCCGUUUGGAUCAGAGAUUGGAUGCCAUAGUGGAAAGUCUCGUCUCCAGAAUUACACUUAUUCAAAAACUUGAUACGACUUUCAUGGAGCUGCACAAGAUCAUCGUAGGCGUUGAUCACAUGUGGGACAAGUACCUCAAGUAUUCGAAAAAUCGUAAGAGUUUCAACAAUAUAACAUUAAAAGGCUUCAUAGACACAGCGACUGGAGAUCAGGCGCUCGGUUUACAGGCUUUGCUUAGCCAAAUGCAUCGGUUGAUUGUUCCGCUAAGGACCGCCCAUAUUCGAGAUAGUUUGUUCCUUACAAUGUUGAAGAACGAACGGGAGAAUGAGAUGUUGUCCUGUGAUGAAGGCAAUUCACAUGAACAGGUAAUUUAUCAAAUCUAUUACACUGUUGCCCUUACGGAAUUACGUGGAUUUAUUAUGGCUGCGUGGGCAUAUGGCUUACGGCCAAUUUUUGAUAAAGGAACAUACUCUGCAGAAGUAAGUCAAAUAGAGGCAGGAUUCACAAUGAGGACACGCGACUUUUUAUUGGCCACGAAAGAAGCAAUGAGGCUAGCAUCGAAUUCUAUCCGUCGCUGUGAUCCGAAGGGUGGAUUCAGAAAAGGAAUAAGUUACGUAGAGUUCGACGAAGUUUUUCAGACGUAUGUUAUCAACGAAGCUGAUAUGAGUCCUACGAGUUCGUGUAAAUCUACCUGCGCAACGAUAGGUACUCAGACUUAUCAAAGAAAAAUGGAUAGUUAUCUCAACUACAACUAUGACAGGCCUUGUUUUGGUAGUAUCACUGGUUGCAGAAAGGGUGGAGGCAAGAUGACAAUUUGUGAUACGAGAAAUUCAAGCAACUCAAGACGAUAUCAUUGGUUCAAAGAGGGAAAUGGGGAUGUUGCGGGAGAUAAUAGCGCUGGCUGCCCAGGACAACUCAAUUAUCCAAAAUCAUGGAAUCGUGGAUUCUACUCAUGUGACUAUUGCGUAUGCACCUGUGACGGUGAUAGACCCUUUAGUCACGCAAAAAGAGCUCUCAGUUUCAUGGCUGCACACUCUAAUUUCCAUUGGGGCAUGGUGGUCACAGGAAUCAGAAUAGUUCAGAAAGGCAAAAUGAUCUACCUUCAAAUACGAGAAGGCAAACUUGAAGGACAAGGUGGAAUUGCAAAAGGCAGUGACAAAUGGGUUCCUUUUAUUGAAUAUACGUAUGAACGUACAGGCCAAGGUAGAUUUACCAAAUCGUGGGGACUUC